GCCUGCUAGUCUCUGCUUCUCUACUGCAGAAGACAGAGUGAUAUUUGUGUUCCCAUAUCAUGUUGUAAAAUGCAUGAGAUUUUGCUCUUCCUCAUUGGAAAUGAGAAUGGGAAAAUGAGAGCAUCCUGAACCAGAAGCUAUUAGAAGAGCAUGAAAACCUGCAGUGAUUUCUGCUUUAUUUUGUCUUCUUAGCUAUGGAUUAGAAGGACUGAUUUUUGCAAUGGGUUUUUUCCAUAAUGGCAUUCUUGUAUUGUUUGGUCAGAGCUUGCACAGGAGGAAAACAGGCUGCUGAAUUUAGCUACUGAUCUCUAUUAGCCGUGGCCUAAGGCUAUGCUGAGAUUUAUAUCCCAUUUAUAUUGUUGCAGCUCAAAAGAAGAAUUUUCAGAGGAUGACAAGUGUAUUCUGAGUAGAUCUCUGGUGGAAGAGGAGGAUCCUCAUAUGAAAAUAUCUCUUGGUAACAGCGAUAUGGGCAUCUCUGCCCAUCUACAGUCUUCAAAGACAGGAACCACAAGAUUUUUCACCAGCAAUACUCACAGUUCUGUGGUAUUACAGGGUUUUGAUCAACUUCGAGUGGAAGGUUUGCUCUGUGAUGUGACGCUUGUUCCUGGAGAUGGUGAUGAGGUGUUUCCUGUCCACAGAGCAAUGAUGGCUUCUGCAAGUGAUUACUUCAAGGCCAUGUUCACAGGAGGAAUGAAGGAACAGGAUUUAAUGUGCAUUAAGCUUCAUGGUGUGAACAAAAUAGGCCUAAAGAAGAUCAUUGAUUUCAUCUAUACUGCAAAACUUUCCCUUAACAUGGACAACCUUCAGGAUACUCUGGAAGCUGCCAGUUUUUUGCAGAUUUUACCUGUUUUGGACUUCUGUAAAGUAUUUCUUAUCUCUGGGGUUUCGUUGGAAAACUGUGUUGAGGUUGGGCGAAUUGCCAACACAUACAAUCUCACAGAAGUGGAUAAAUAUGUUAAUAAUUUCAUUCUGAAGAACUUCCCCGCAUUAUUAAGUACUGGUGAAUUUGUGAAACUCCCCUUUGAACGUCUUGCCUUUGUGCUUUCAAGUAAUAGCCUUAAGCACUGCACUGAACUUGAACUCUUCAAGGCGGCAUGUCGCUGGCUACGCUACGAGGAACCUCGCAUGGAGUAUGCUGCAAAGCUCAUGAAGAACAUCAGGUUUCCCCUGAUGACACCCCAGGAUCUUAUUAACUAUGUUCAGACAGUGGACUUCAUGAGAACUGACAACACCUGUGUCAACUUGCUUCUGGAAGCCAGCAAUUACCAAAUGAUGCCAUACAUGCAGCCGGUGAUGCAGUCAGAGCGGACGGCCAUCCGCUCGGACAGCACGCACCUGGUGACCCUGGGGGGAGUGCUAAGGCAGCAGCUGGUGGUCAGCAAGGAGUUACGGAUGUAUGAUGAGAAGGCCCACGAGUGGAAAUCCUUGGCUCCCAUGGAUGCACCGAGGUAUCAGCACGGCAUUGCUGUGAUCGGGAACUUCCUUUACGUGGUCGGGGGCCAGAGCAAUUAUGACACAAAAGGAAAGACAGCGGUGGACACAGUCUUCAGGUUUGAUCCUCGCUACAACAAGUGGAUGCAAGUGGCAUCUUUAAAUGAGAAGCGGACCUUCUUCCACCUAAGUGCCCUCAAAGGACAUUUGUAUGCAGUUGGAGGUCGGAAUGCAGCGGGUGAGCUAGCCACUGUGGAAUGUUACAACCCCAGAAUGAACGAGUGGAGCUACGUUGCAAAAAUGAAUGAACCCCACUAUGGUCACGCUGGAACCGUGUAUGGGGGGUUAAUGUAUAUUUCAGGGGGAAUUACCCAUGAUACUUUCCAAAAGGAACUCAUGUGUUUUGACCCUGACACAGACAAAUGGACUCAGAAAGCUCCGAUGACGACAGUCAGAGGUCUGCACUGCAUGUGUACUGUAGGAGACAAGCUGUAUGUUAUUGGUGGGAAUCACUUUAGAGGAACAAGUGAUUAUGAUGAUGUUCUAAGCUGUGAAUAUUACUCGCCAACUCUAGACCAGUGGACUCCAAUUGCUGCCAUGUUACGUGGGCAAAGUGAUGUUGGGGUUGCUGUCUUUGAAAAUAAAAUCUAUGUUGUUGGAGGAUAUUCUUGGAAUAACCGGUGUAUGGUGGAAAUAGUUCAGAAGUAUGAUCCAGAAAAAGAUGAGUGGCAUAAAGUAUUUGACCUUCCAGAAUCUCUUGGUGGCAUUCGAGCCUGCACUCUCACUGUUUUCCCUCCAGAGGACAAUACAGGGUCACCGUCUAGAGAGUCUCCUCUUUCAGCACCUUAGAACCAUCCCUUGACUUACGAUGUUGUAGUAACACCUCUGCAGUGCAUCAUGGGGUCUAUUAUUUUUCUUCAGUAGUUUCUGUUAGGCUUAGCCUACAGCAUUUCAUACAAUUACUGGAAAAAAAAAAGACUUUGACAUUAUUUGUGCUGUUUGUUUGGCCUAGAAUGUCUCUCAAGUGGUUAACAAAAUCUAUGUACUCGCCCAAGCCAAAUGUUUAACAAAUGAGAGGGUAUUGUCUAUAAAAUGUAUGAUCUAGGUACGUUAUUAAUGUUGUAUGUUGGGUGUGAAGUACCUUAUAGCUUACAUUUGGGAGCCCAGUGAGUCAAAUUUGAAGACUUUGUAUUGAACAUGUCACUAAAUUUCAUGCUGAAAUCCUUCUUCCUUUCGUUUUUGACUGCAGAUUACAAGGGUAGGUAGACCACAUCAAUGUGAGCUGUCUGAAGGUUGCCAAGGGACCUGAGCUACCUCCCUCUUUUCACAGAGUAUUUUUGACAUAUCUGUUUACCCACCUGACGUUGUGGGUGCUUUCAGAGCAUAUGAAGUUUCUUAGGGAGAGGGAAGAAAUAAAAUAAUUUUAAAAUAUUAGCACUGUACAGGAGCAGACCUUGUAGAGGCCAGGAGUUUUUUAUAACAUAUAUCGAGUGUUUUUCCUGAAUCAGUUGAGUGAUGCUUCAAACAAAACAUCUUAAACAUGUGUUUUCUAAUUCUUUUUUUGUUUUUUCAGGUAUUGGCUUCCGCUUGCAUGGGAGCACACACUAUUAACAAAUGGGAAUUCAGUACAGCUGUGAAUUCUGUUGUAUGGCUGUACUGAAUAUAGGUAGUUAAGGGCUAGAAAUGGUAACUUAAGCCACUGAGUUUGACCAAAUGGUUCCAUCAGAUCAAAUUUAAUCUACCUUUUCUCCUUUGCUGUUGAGAUAACUUGCAUAAUGUGUCCUCUGUAUAGUCUCAGUUAAUAAGGUUAUUUAGCACAAAGUGCAGCUUCAGCAAGAGAGCUACUUUUGCUCAGUGAAGCUGGACUACCACAUUUUACCUUCCUUAGUUCAAUAAAACUUUUAAUGGCAGUUACCCAGUCUAAGCUACCUCAUUAAUGUAUUUGGUUUUCUUCCUCUGCCUCACUGUCUCCAGGAUACGCAUUACGUAUAUCUGUGUGGGUAGAUGAAUUUGCUAGGAAACCAAUGCAGAAGUGAUAAUGAAUGGGUAUUUUUGACCUACUUUUAAGAAAUUGUUUUGGUCUGAUGUGUUCAUUUUAUUGUUAGGGACUGAUGAAAAAACAGUCUUAAUGUUUUUUCCUUGGAGAACUGCUUAUGUGUGCAGCUGUGCAAAUUCACAAGAAUCUUUACAUGCUCCAAAAUACAAUGCACUGCUGAGAAACUGCAGCUCUGAUUAUGCCAUUGUGCUUGUUCUGAACUUCCCAUCAUGUUACAAGUAAUUUUGCUAAUGAACACAGUCACAGGGGUAUCUUCUGGGGAAAACUGUUUAAACCAGCUUAUUGUAUUACCUAUUAACAAUAACCAAGUAAAGCUUAAUAGACUUUUGCUGGGAGUUUGCUAUUUGUGUUUUGUCCCUGCUUGGUGCAUCAAGCAGCAGGAUUACUCUGGUGUCAGUUUUGGAAGUACUGAUAUUUAUUUACUCUUUAUGCAGUUUACUAGUAAUGGUCACUACCAAAAUCUAUGUGUAAGCUUUAGGUUUCAUAAUUGUUUUGGUUAAAAUCAAAAGCAGUUCUUCCUCUAAAAAAAUUGAAGUCUUAAUUCCAUGUGGUUGUGCAAGGUGUUGUUGUAGGUGGUAUAGUGGCACCAGUGGAUACUCUGGAAACUGGCUAGUGAAGAUAAAUUGACUCAUCUAAUACUAAGUAUUAGUAUUAGAUGAGUCUACUCUUCUAAGAAUACUCUUCUAAUGCUGUGCAAAGCACUGGAUAGAAAAAUAUUGCUUUGUCGUUUAAGGAUUUGUCAGUUGUUUAAGUGUCACAUCUACUAAUUUUUUUUCCCCGCUCAGAAACCAGAUUUUAGACCCUGCUAGAGUUUAAGUACCCUGAAAUCCGUAUUCAGUGUCUCUUUUAUUAAUUAAACUGAAAAGUGUUUGAAAGAGUUGCAAUUCCUUCAGGAUAGUGUAAAUAUAUCCUGCUGUUUGUAUGCUGAGGAUGGGGGACACACUGUUUAAAAGUGGGUAUCUUCACUGGUAUUCUCUGUUUGGAAGAAGCUUAAUAUGGGUUCUGAUCAUUCUGAGGCGGUUUAAAGUCAGGAUGCCAGUUUUGUGUCUGAGUCUUGAAUAGCCAGGAGCUGGUAUAUGGCCACAAUGUUGAGAUUUUUUUUUUAAGUGACUCAUUAUCUGUUACACGUAAAGUGGAAUAAUUAUUUUUGAACAUUUUGUCAUCAGUGGAUUAAAUGUAGUGCUUCAAUCAAAUUAAUCUUUGGGUUUUUUUUUUUAAUUCCCUCCAGAUUAAAGUGUUUAUAAUGACAUUAGUUAACAUUUACUCAUUAGGAUUGAAAAGCAAACAUCAAAGACUUGCCCAAAACUGCAAACUGGUUUCUUCUGUAAUGUAGUAUAAAAUGACUUGAUGCUCAUUGCAUCUUUCUUAACCAUAGCAUAAGAAACCCUUUCCGUCUCUGAAUCCACAGCUGUAGGUAUACAUAUGGAUACAGCAAAUACCCAUCUCCGUUUCCAGUCAGGCUGCCUCUUCAUAAAUCUUCAAUUCUUUCAUUUUGCAGUUGUAGUACCUAAAUCAGAAAAGCAUCUGGAUAAAAGGCAGUUAUAGCUAUUUGACUUGAAUGAAAUAAGACUACAUGGUGUGCCAGCUGGGAGGGCCACGGGAGCUGUCUGCCAUCUCCCAGUGAUGCAGACACAGACUGCAAAAUUCAUUCACACUUUGCUUUUUUGGUGCCCAAUUAGCAGCAAAUGUAAAAAGUGCUCACUUCCAUAUACAAUUUGCCCAAAGGCCCAUCUGCAAGACCUAGCACUCUGACUCCAGACAUCUGAGAUGAUAUUUCCCUUGUUCUGUGUUUUGAGAUAGGACAAGAAUGAUGGGGAAGAAGACCUGGGAAAAUCCAGGUUAUGUAAAGUUUCUUUGCCCUGUUCACAUCAGAGAGUUGAUCAUCUAUAGAUGUCCAUUUUUCUGUGAUUCUCCUCCCCUUAGAAAGUUGUAAAGUCCAAGAGCCUGGUCCAGGGAAAGCAAUUCCUGCCAAGACCCAGCCAAUCUCAUGGCUUCUUGGGAUAAUGGAGUUGUGCUGACGGGGUGAGCACUGGUGCAGCAGAAUGUGGCUGUCUGACAGCCUGGCUAUGGCUCUAGAGGCCCCUUGUGUGAAAGAAUCACUCUACCUGUUCUCAGGACAAAAGUGUGAUGUUUUCUUAUAAACAGUGCAGUUCUUAAAUUCCCCAUCCUGUUUCUGAGGGGUGGGAUCUCUAAGGAGUAACAUUUUAGUAACAGUCUGAAGCUCAAACCAGUAGUCUGGUUCUUUAGUGGAAUAAUGGAAAUCAUGGAUUAGGGCACUUUGCAUGCAGAUAAAUAAACUUCUCCCUAAAGGCUUACAGUCUUAAUCUGAUGGGCUGGUUGGACAUCAAAAAAUAAUUCAAUACCACAGCAACAAGUGCAGUACAAAUGUCUGGAGAAGUUUGUAACCAAAGAGUUGGGGAUGAUUUGAUCAGGAAAGAUCAUAGCACUUUUCUUUGCAAAGUUUAUUCUGCCUACCAGAAUCAUUGUUCCUUCUCAAUUUGCCCUCCAGCUGGUGAUUGCCUCACCUUUAUGCUGGUGUCUGACUCUGCUGGUCACUGUUUUUUUUAAUCCUUUGGUUUUGUAGCUGACAUCUGUUACUUCCUCUGCUCCUGGUAAGAACAGAUAAAAGCUGAGGCUUUUUUAGUGGCACUGUCAUUAUGUCAAGGGAGAAGAUAGCCCAUUGUUGAUAAAUGUAUUCGUAAUUCCGCUUGUGCAUUCUUGGAAAUAUAUAAGCAGUUUUAAGAUAGUAAAAGGUAUGUGCAUGUUGCAGGAGUAAAGCCGUUUCCUCCUGGCUUGCACCUUACGUGGUGUGUGUGGGGUUGUGUGCAGUGGUUACCCAGAGAUCUGGAGGGAGAGUCAAGCUCUCAUGUGGCACUUUAUGCUUUCCAUACUCUGUAAAAGUGUUCUUUACUUGCACACCAUAUGUAGUUUAUUGGGUAUUUUUUCUUUUGUAUUUUAGUUUAAAUGUGAAUAAUGAUUCUUUGUGUGCAAAUGUGGUCAGAAAAAAAAGUCUUAAAGGGCAGAGUUAUACUUUGCUUAACUGAUGAAUUUUUUGGUCCUGUGAGUAUUGCAGGACCCAUUCAGCUGUGAGAAGCUGAUUGCAGUUUGAGAGCAAGCUAGGAAAUUCGGAUGCCUUUCCUGCCUGUCACCAGUUCACAUGUUCUUGUUGCCAGUCUUUUACAGGUCAAGUGAACUUCUCAGUCCUAAGGCUCCAUAUUUUGAUGUCCAGCUCUGUUGGACCUGCUGAUUACCCACUCUGGGGAAAACGUGGUGGGAUGUGUUUCACAAUCUAUCUUACUGAAACAACAUGGCUAGUUUUUUUCAGGAGUUCCACCAUCAGUGACACACAGGAGUCCUCCAGAGUUCUUUAAUGACCUGGUAGUUUGUAUAGAUGAUGUAGCCCAGAUAACCUGGGAGUGGUGCUACAGCAGGAGCCAUGAGUGGCUGACAUUCCUGAGGGGAUGGUCUCCAACUAUAUGUAUUAUUUUGGCUCAAGUGCUGGUUUUUUUCCCCAUCUUUGGGAGUAUUUAUUGCUGCUGUCUGAGUUUUAAACUUUUUAUUCAUUAAAUGAGUAAUGCCUCUUUGAGUCUGUAGUGGGAGCGAAAGGUUCAGGUGGCUCUUUCAGAGCUUCAUGUUAUUAGUCUAUCUACAUAGUUAUUAAAUCCUUUCUAUUUGGAGCUCUGUUUCCUAACCAUUUAGAAGAAAUUGGUUUGCAGUGUGAAAAGAUGUCAGAUGAAAAUGUGUGUGUGACUGGAACAGAAAGGCAUAUUGUUUUAGACUUUUUUUGUCAUGAUUUAGAGGUUAGUUUGGACUUGGAGCUCCCACAGAUUGAAUAGGGAGUGAGAUAUAUAUAUAUAUAUUUUUUUUUUUUUAUUUUAUUUUUUUUUUUUAAAUAACUUAUAGUUGGCUUAAGUGAGUCAAAACUCAGUUGUUUGUACCUGCUUGCACUCUUGGCUGGCUGGUUGCUAUAUUCUCCAUCAGACCACAGCAUUCUGUGCUGUCUGCAUCUGUUCCCUUGUGUAAGAGCAUCUCCUGUCUUCCCUGCUGGCUGUUGAUCGAGUUCCAAAAUAAAUCUGAGCUUGGAUUCUUCUAUCUAAAGUACCUGUGGAGCUAAAGAGCAUGUGGAGCUGUGGAUUGAGGGCCAUGGCUUUGACAUUUAAUUCCCCACCAGCCCCUCACUGCUUUGCAAGAUGUUCCCCAACCCAGCUAAAAUCUGUGUGCAGGAUGCAAAUCUCUCAGGCUGAAAAUUUUAGUAACCUGGGCGUGUAAAGACCACCCAAGUGUCCUCGUCCUCUUUUCAAGGAGAGUUGUGCACUUGAGCUACUGAGUGCUCUGGAAGGGGGCAGACACGGGAGCUCCUUGGGUAACUAUACUUUUUUUUGGCCUUUGAUUCUGCUCUUUCUUCUUUGCCCAGAUGGAGAUCUUGGGAGGGAAGGUCAGGAUUUGGUCACACUUUCCAGCUCUCAGUAGAGAGCAAGCUUGUUUAUUCUCAUCUGUCAGUACAACACUGCAGGAAAAAGAACUGUAGGAGCAGUUCAGAUUUUAAACAUUGUGUCACAGAACAGUAUUAAUUAAUAAAGGAAAAAUUAGUCUGUUUUAACCUGUGUUCCUCAUAACCGGGAUUGGUCCAAAAUACUUGGCUUCUGUUGAAUUAACAACUUUGCCUUUACCUCCCUUGUUCAACAUUACUGUAAAAAAAAAAAAAUGGCUGGGUUUCUUUUCCAUUUGUUUUUCAUUGCUUGUAACCUUUUCUUAGAAAUGCGGAAAUAAUUUUCCUUAAAUGUUUUAUGCACCGAAAUAAACACACCACUGAUCACCUCCCCAUGUUUCUUA